AUGGUAAUUAUGAAAUCUAAUCCUUAGAUCGCAAAUGAUGAUAUUGCGAUUGUUUUUUAUAAUACGUAAAGCAUUGAAAUUUAUAAUCUGAUAUCAAACAAAAAAUAUAUUCUGUAAGAGGCUUAAGAAAAUGUUUAAUAUUAUGGCAUUGAUAAGGAUGACAGAAAUUAAAUUUAAAUUUCAGAACUUCACACUCUGGAUUCUAGUGGCAGUAUAAUCAGUUGGAAUAUAAAUAAUGGGGCUAAAUAAAAAAAAGUAUAGAUUCCUAAUUAACUAUUAAAUGUUAGUCCUUAUCCUUGUUUAAAUUCUGAAGAAAAACUUGUGUUAACAUGGAAUAAUAACAAUAUAUUUGUGAUAGAUUUUUCUGGCUCUACCUAGGAUAUAGCAGUCAUAAAUAAAUAUUAGCUUCCAAAUAAUUAUGAAAUUCUAAAUUGCUAAAAUGAUAAAUCAAAUAGAAAGAUGAUAAUUUUUUAAUCUAAUGGUGACAUCUACUAAUAUGAUAUAGCUUUGAAUUAAUUUAAAAUUUUAUUUACUUUAAAUGAAUUUUAAGCACUGUAAUCCUCCUUUCUAUCAAAAAACCUCAUUACUAUAUCAUAUUAAAAAACUUCUUAACAAUACCUUUUGGUUUCAUUUAGGCAGUCUUAGAUAAUAUUUUCAUAAAUCUUACCAACUUAAGCAACAAGUGUUCUAGUAAGCUCAUUUGAAUAGUAUAUUACAGUUGUAGGUGCAUCUAAUUUAUUUUAGGUUUGGGAUUUGUAAAAAAUUUAAAAAGUAUACGUACCUAAUUUCCAAAAUAUUUACUGUGAUUAAAGAGAUGCAAAUCAAACCAGUAUAAGUAAUUCAAUUAAUUUUAUUUAUGCUUCAAUUAAUAGCUUAGAUCAAAUUGUAAGUGUAUCAAAAAAUUAUAUAUUUGCUUAUUCUUUAAAGGAGUAAAAACCAAUUAUCUUCAAAAAUUAAAAUUUUGGUUUUAGUUGGUUGUAGGCUUAUAUUUCCCAGAAUAAUAUUAUAUUAUACUCUGAAUUUUCUAUUUCAAUAGUUGAUAUAAAAACAUCCAGAUUUAUUUAUGUCACUGAUUAUUUCUAAAGAUAGCAAUCAGCUUAUGAUGUUCCUAUAAAAAUAGAAGUUGAUCCAGAUUUAAACAGAAUUAUUAAAAUAGAUAGAGGAGGUAAGAUAUAGUAUUGGUCAUAUUUUGAUGAUAUUAUGGAGAAAUAAAUUUUUGUUUCUGGUAUUUUUGCAACUUUUAUCAUAGAUAAAUAGUUAAAUAAGCUUGUUUAGCAAAGUUUAUACACAACAACAGGAAAUAGCAUUUUAUUUGUAUUUGAUUACCGAUAAGGAGUAUUAAUAGAUAGUAUAAAAAAUGCUUUUCCUGAAAGUAAUUUACAAAAUUAUUACUUACACUAUGACAAAACUAAUGGAUAUCUAAUAGGAAUUAUUUAAACUUCAUAAUAUAUGAUAUAUAAUUUUAACUCUAGUCCUGAUCAUUCGCUUGUUUUUAAAGGAACAUUUCUCCCAAAUGCUUAAACAUAAGGAAUUGCUUUAUUAUUGGAAAACUAAAAACAGAUGUUUAUUUACAUAAAUGGUGUACUGUAUUUAUUUAAUUACUUCUAUAGUAAUGGAGAUUAUAAUACAUGCAUUCCUUUUGAUGGAAAAAAUAAUAAUUUUAAUAGCUUCUUUUUUAACUUCUAAAAGUAAAUUCUAUUUAACAUUUAAGAACAAUAAAUUAUGAAAUAUAACUAUAGCGUCAAAUCCUUAGAUCUUAUAUAAACUAUAAGUUUUUAUUCAGGCUAAAGUCAAUCAAUCUAUCUUAUAGAGUCGUUAAAUAUUUUUCUAAUUAAUAAGGUGAGUUAAGUCUUUAUUAAGAAUCACAUUACUUUGUAAGAAUAAGUUAUUGAUUUUAAGCAAGAUAAUGUUAAAAAUUUGGUUUUUGAUGAACAAAAAUCAAUAUUAAUAAUUUUAACAAGUAGUUUUAAAUUAAAUAUCUUAGACUUAUAAACUACAGCAUUGCUGAAUUCCAUCCAAAUAUAACCUUAGCUUAUAAUAUAAGUAUAAAUAAAUACAGAUAUGUAAAUUGUAAUCAUUAGCUAUGAUAAUGGAGACAUCCUCAUGUAUAAUUAUAAUAUUUUCUCGAUUGUGUCUUUAUUUAAUAAUAUAUAAUAAAAUGAUUUGGAUAAAAUUUUACAUAAUUAUAAUACAAUAACCUAUUAAUCUGGUCCAGAAGUUUACACAAAAAGGUUGGUUAAUUUUGGAUAGAUUACAUAGAUAGCUCCUAAAAAUAAUAUAAUAGAUUUCCAUAUUCACUUGCAAAGCGGAUUAACAUUUAUACUUACUAACUAAGAAGCUCUUAUUUAUAAUCAUAUUAGCAAUUAAUAUCUUCCGCCCUUUCCUAAUAAUAUAAAUUUAUCUAAUGCUUAAAUUAUUAGAGGUAUACCUUCGUAAGAUACCAUUCUUAUUGGCUUUCUUACUUCAGUUUAAAAUAGUGUUGUAGCUUAUAAGAUCAGUAAUUAUAAUUAUAUUAAUACUAUGAUACACGACUUAGAUAAAUGUAAUUCUGUAGUAGAGUUAUAUUAUGAUGAUUAUUCAAAUAGACUAUUUUCUGCUUGUGGUGGACCUGGAACAGUCAUAGUAUGGGAUGUUUCAAAUUAAUUCUAAUUGAUAAAGAUUUUGAAUCAAAUAGUCUCUGUUAAUUUAGUAUCAGACAUAGUGUUCUAUCCAGAAAAAAAUUAAAUCAUGAUUUUAGGAUAUUCAUGGUGGUCAAUUUUGAUUGAUUAUAAAAACCUUUCAAAUAUAUGUGCUAUAGAGGGUAUAUUUGGGAAUUUCGACUACAUUAAUUAAUACUAAAUUAUAUGGGAUCAUAUUGGGUAUAUUUAAUUAAACGACUUGAAUUGUACAUAAAUAUCAGAAGUUUAAGCUCAUAAAUAUUGGAUAUUUGAAGUUCUUAUUGAUUCUUAGUCCUAUAUAUUAACAUCUAUAAGUGAAGAUUUAUUUGUUAAAACAUGGAGCUAUUCUAAUGGAAUUCAAUUUAUGAGCUAGUUAGAAUUUUAAAAUCCUUUACUGUCUGGAGUAUUAGAUAAAGAUAAUAGUCUUGUUUUUGUAGGUGAUUUUAAUGGAUUUAUUUAUAUUCUUAGAUACCCAAAUUUAUUAUUAUUGAGAACAAUAUAAGUAGCAUAAGAAUACAUAUAUCAAAUCUAUUUAGAUGUAAAAUAUAACUUAAUAUUGUUAGGUAGUGAUACAAUUAAAUAUUUUGAUAUAAUUGAGCUCUUAGUUCCUAAUGUGUAUACAAACUCCUUUUAAACUGAAGGUAUAUUAUCGACAUUAUAAGUGAAUUAAAGUAUUAUUUUUCAUUAAGAACUAAAUAUAGUUUAGUAAUGGAAUUACUCAAGUUAAUAAUUAAGUUAUGGAUUUUUUGUUAAUAGCAAUGAUCCAUUAUAUGAAGUUUAAAGUAAGAUGAUUUUACUACAAGGUUAAAAAAAUAUAGGCGUACUAUUAACCAGAGAGCAAACAAUAUUUUUUGAUAUAAAUAAUUUAAAUUUAAUCAAUGUUCAAAGUAUCAAGUGCUUGAGAAAUAGUUAGCUUACAUCUUAUUUUAUUUGCUCAUAAUUAAACAUAAUUACAAUAAUUGAUUUAUAUGAUUUCAAAUAAAUAUAAUAGAUAACAAUUGAUCAAAAUUCUAGUAUUAUUUAACUUGAAUCUAUUAAUGAAUUAAAUUCUUUCUUUGUUACAACUACUUUAGGAGGAAUUAUUUCUUUCUAGCUAAACGAUAAAAAUCUUGUCUUAUUUAAUUAAUAAUUUAAUAUAAAUCUUCUUCAGUAAGCUAUCAUUAACUUUUCAUUUACUUAAUUAGAUAAUGUUUAUAUAAUAUUAAUGGCAUCUUUUGAUGGAAACAUAGCCUGUAUUAAAUUUAAUUCUAGCUUUGCUAUUUUAGAGUAGUAAAUUUUAACAUUAUAUGGUCAUAAAUCACAUGCACACAUAAUUAAAACAUUUUAAUCAAAAGUUUUCAUUAAACGAAUAAGUGACUUUUAUAUUGGAUUGUAUAGUUUAGAAGAUUUUACUCUAGUACAGUAAAUAUCAAGUCCAUGCCUUGGUUAUGUUUAUAAACUUGAUUUGAAUGUGGAGUUGGAUUAUAUUUUAUAAAGCUGUGUUGGUGCUUAUUAAAUUAAUUUGCUAUCUAAUUUUAAAUAAUUAGCAAUGGGAAGAUUCUUUUAAAAUUUAAAUUUAACUGAUGUUUACACAAUUAAUCAAAAUUAAAUCAUUUUUAUAAACAAAGAUUAUUUUAUAGAUGUAUACUAAAAUAUUAUUUUCAUAUAUUAAAUAGACUAAAUAUCUUAAACAAUUAAGAUGAAGGGAUAAUUCUCAUUGGAUAAUGAAGAUUUAGGAUUUGUUUCAAAUUAUGAAAUAUUUAAUACCCUUGAUAAUAUUUAUAUAAAACUUAUUCUUUACUCUUCUUUUCAAAUAGGUUAAUUGUAGCUACCAAUAUACGGAUAAUAGAUAUGCUAAGAAACACUAUAUAUUGAUGAAAUCGCUUCCACUUUAAAUUCUAUUGAGAGUGUUUACAAUAAAAUUUUAAAAUACUUUCCAAUAAGUGAAAUGGAUUUCUUAAUUUAAAUUCAAUCAGAUACAGUACUUUAAAGACUUCCUAACUUUGCUUACUCUAGUUAGUCAUCAGUUACUUAUUAAUCUCAAUCUAAUUUAACAAAAUAAAUAGAGGUUUAUGUAAAUGCUGAUUUUUUUGAAUCAUUGAGUGGAUACAGUUAAAUUAUUAUGAGUAAUUUAACUCUUCAACCCUAGUAAUAAUAAUAUAUCUCCAAAUAUAUAUUCAAUAUUUAAAAUGUUAGAUACUUAGUUUUCAAUAAUAUCAAUUUAGGAGACUUAGCUAUUUAUUGUUUUGAAAUUUCUUAAAUCUAUUAAGUGUUAUUCAAUCAAAUUUAAAUGAUAAAUUUGUAUAUGCAAAGUAGUUAAUUACUGAACCUAUUUAGCUUAUAAGAUAUUAAUUAAAUUUAGAUAAACUUAAUGACUGUUUAAAAUUGUACUUUUAGUUAAAUUUAAUUAUUUAGCCUUUACAAUAGCUAAGGUUAAUAAAGUAUAUCUUAACUUUAACUUACAAAUUUGACCAUUGAUAAUUCAAAUUUUUACUUUUCUUCAUCAAAUAAUAAUAAUAAUAUUAAUACAAUUUUUUACUUCUAAAACUUUUAAAGUGUCUAAAUGUCUUCUAUACUUAUCACUACUUGCUAGGGUUCUCCUACUCUAAUUUUUAGACUUUACUUAAUUGAGAAUUUAAUAUUAAAUAACAUAGAAUAUUAUAAAAAUUAAGAUAUCAGCUUUAUGGACCACAGUAAUAGCUAAUAACAAGUGCAAUAAAAUUACAAUGUUAACUAUGAAUUAAUAAAUGAUAAUGUUUUACUUAAAAAUAUAAAAGUAAUAUCUAAUACUUAUACAAAUAUAAUCCUUGAACCUGCAAUUAAAAUACAGUGUCAUUAUUUAACUAUAAAUGAUACUUUAUUUGAAAGCAAUAUUGACAAUACCAAAUAUAAAACAACAGUUUUACUAUAUAUUUAGCAAGGAAUAUAAAUUUCAUCAUAGAAUAUUUUUUACAUAAUGAAUAUUGGCUUUAAUGCUUUGAUUUAAAUUUACCAAUCUAAUUUAUGUUAAUUGUUUAAUUUACAAUUAACUUAAAAUUAAAUCUAAUAAGGACUUUUAAUUAUGUCUUCAAGCGUGCAGUUAAUUGAUUCUACAAUUAAAAACAAUACAUCUAGUGGGACAUAAUCAAUAAUAACUGUUUAACAAAAAUCAAAUUUUUCUAUUAAAAACUCAUAUUUCUCAAACAACUUAGCUUAAUAAAAUGGAGGAUCAAUUUAUAUUUCCUAAAGCACACAAAUCAUUCAGAAUUCCAAAUUCGAAUAAAACUCUUGCUCUGAGAAUGGAGGAUCAAUUUAUUCAACACAAUCAAAUCUGUUAAUAUUAUCAACAGUUUUUUCUUCUUGCUCAUCUUUAAAUGGAGGAUGUAUUUAUGCUGAUAAUGGUUCUCUUAAUUUAACACAAGUUUAAUCUUAAGUAUCAAGCUCUACUAAUAAAGGAGGAUUUUUAUUUAUGUCAUAAAUAACAACUUUUACUAUAUAAGAUUCAAUAUUCCAAAAUAGCACUGCUUAUUAGGAUGGGGGCUGCUUUUAUAUCUAAAACUCAGGAGAUAACAAAUCAAUAAUUACUAAUUCAAGUUUUUAUUUCAACGACGCAAAAGGGAGUGGUGGUGCUAUUCUUCUUGAUACUUCUAACUUUUCUCUAUAGAAUUCAAAUUUUAUAAAGAAUAGAGCUGGUAUUGGAGGUGCUAUAAGAUAUUUAACAAUAAAACCUUCAUUUAUGAUGAAAAAUUUAUAAACUAAGAUAAAUACUAAAGAUUCAUGCAAAACAUAUUUUUCUAAUUCAUGUAAAUAAAAUAAAGCAAUAAUAUUUGGUGAUUCAAUAGCAAGUUAUCCCUAAUAUGCUACAAUUUUUCCUAGUAAAGACUUUGAUGUAGACAUCUAGCUCUAUCCUAAUAUAACUUUUAGUAAUUUUAGAAGUGGUUUAAGUAACUUUGAUCUAAGCAUUUAGUUUUUAGAUGAAUUUAAGAACCCUGUGAAUUAAGUUGAUUUUUAGAAUUCAACAUUAACAGGUUAUCUAAGUGAAAAUUUGCUUUAAGAAAUAAGACUAUAUAAUUGCAGAGUUUAUAUAACAGAAAAUAUAGAAUCCUUUUAGAAACAGACCAUUAAAAUUGAAGGAGCUACUUCUAUAGAUUAUACAUUUUAACGUUAAAAUUUAGCUGGGUGUUUAAUGAAUAAUUUUAAAAUUGCAGGAGUUCCAUCAUAAAGUGCAAAAGUUUAUUUAUAACUGCAAGGAAUGAAAUAAAUAGGAAUAAAUAAUACUUUUUAGGAUGUUAAUCAAAUAUAAAUAGAGAUAUAUUUUAGAAGCUGUAUCACAGGAGAAUAUUAUAAUCCUACAUGUGAUGGUUGUUUGAUUUAAGAAUGUACUUAAUGCUAAAAUGGAACAUAUUCUUUAGUUGUCCCAAAAAUUCAUAGCUAAAUGCAAUGUUAGCCUUGCGAUUUAUCAGUUGCUGUAACUUGCUAAUUGGAUUAAAUAGUACUCAAAUAAAACUAUUGGAGAAACAGCAAGUUUAGUGAUAUUAUUUAUCAAUGUGAUAAAAAUAUUUAGUCUUGCAACGGAGAUGAAUAAAAUAAUUACUGUGCAUAGGGUUAUACUGGAGGAUUAUGUUAAGCUUGUGAUAAUUAUGGAAAAGUGUGGGGAAAUCGCUAUGGAGCAGUUUUAUCGAUAUAUGACAAAGGAGUGGUAUGUAUGGAAUGUUCUGAAAUUUAAGCUAAUUACUUUAAAUAAGCACUAACCUUUGUUGGUGUUUUAAUAUAUGUAGUAUUUUUAAUGAUUGAUUCUUAAAAUAGUAACUGUAAGCUAUGUCAAAUACACACUUUAAAGCAGCUCAACAUUGUCAAUUUUGGAAUUUCUUCUUUUACCCUAUAGACUUCAACAAUAGCUAAAAUAUUUAUAAAUUAAUUUUAGGUAUUUGCUUCAUUACAACAAAAUAUUGGAAUUACAUUUCCAACCCUAUUUUCGAAUUUAAUUUCUUUCCCUAAUUUCUCAUCUCAGCCAGUAUACUUAUUUAUUUAUUCUUUAGACUGCAGUUUAAGUAACAUAAAUACUUAAAUUCCAAUAUAAUAUUUAAGAUUUAUUUACUUAUCUAUGGCAUUACCUUUAUUCAUGCUUCUUGCAUUAAUGUUUCUCAUAAAAGGAAUAAUAUUUAUACUUAGUCUAUUCAAUAACAAUUAAUACUUUAAUAAUCAUAUGUACAAUACUAGAAAUAUGACAAUAAGCUCAUUGAUUGUAUUUAUGUAUCUUGUCAUAUAAAAUAUAUACUAGGCAGCUCUACAAAUAAUAUUUUGCUAGUAGCUCGAUAAUAAAUAUUACAUGAAAAGCCAAAUGGAUUAAAUUUGCUAUACCAAAGAACACAAUAAAUAUAUGGGCUUACUUAUAUGCCCUAUACUCUUGUUAAUUGUAAUAAUCUAUCCUCUUAUACUUUUUUAUUUAGUCUUACACAAUAAAAACUCUUUAUUUAUCAAACACAGAAUAAUAAUAAUUAGAAGAUAUGGAUAUAUUAUUUCAGGCUUAAAGUAAAAUAGGUGGUGGUGGGAGUUUAUAAGAAUAUAUCAAAAAUUCAUAAUUAUCUUUCUAGCAACAUUCUUUAAUUCACAAAAUCUAAUAUAAAUAUAAUCUAUUUUGUUUCUACAAUCAGUAUAUUUAGCACUAUUAAUAUACUUUAAGCCAUACGAAAACAACAAAAUUAAUAAACUAGAGCUAAAGUCAGUAACUUUAAUGAUACUGAUUUUUUGGAUUGCUGUAUUUGAUAAUUAAACUGAAGAAUCUAGCAUUAAAUAUAUUUCUUCAUUUCUCUUAGUUUUUUUAUUUAUUAUGCUCUUUGGUUCUUUAAUUGCAAGUUUUUUGAAUGCUUUACUUUUAAGAAGCAUGUUUAAAAUGGCAAAAUCUAAUAUUUUAAAUUAUAUUUUUACUAAAUUCAAAAAAUGCCUAUCUAUAAAAAAUGAGAACAAACUAAAAGAAUACCUUAAAAAAUAGAGUUACUCUUUAUAUAUUUUAAUGUUUAAGCCAAAUCAUCAAUCUUUGCAGGUCUUUAAAAACUGGAAAAGGGUAAGAUAAUUACUUUAAUCUAUGAGUAGCACAAAAAAAUAAUAACUUGAAAAAGAAGUACUAAGCCCAAAUAAUUCGAUUCAAGUGCUUCGUAGUUCAUUUAGUUUUAAAACAGAUUAAAGUUUGCUUGGCCAAAAGUUUAAUUUAUUGUCGAACUAAAAGAUUUUUAAAAAACCAAAAACUACAGGUUUUAGACUUAGUUUAUUUUAAUAAUAAAAAAGGAAACAUUCAAUUUAGAAUGUAUGA